AAUUGAUAGGUCACCACCGUAGAAGGCGGGGAGAGAUUCGUCAGUGCGGCGCUUCAACUUAAGUCUACGCCCUCUGCCAAACAAAAAAGAAUACAAAAAGAAAAAACAUAGAAUUACGCGUUAUUUGCCAAGCAAUUCUAUCAACAAUCAACUGUAGCCCUCAAGCAACUUUGUGCUCUCAGAAAUCUUUUUUUUGGUAAUUUUUUUUCGCAUAGUAUCUAUCUACCGACCAAACACCUCCUCCUCUACCUCUACGCCUACCUUUUAUUUUUUCCUUACUUCUCUGUCUCUUGGAAACCAAAAACUCAAUUAGCUCUCUCCGCUCUCAAAUGGCUACCUCAGCCGCCGGCGCCGAUGAUGGUCGUAACAAGACGGUGACCGGCUACCCAGUAGAGCAGGGUCAAUUCGCAGCCGGCUACCCAGCCGCCGGAGCCUACCCCUACGUGGCCCCACCGCCGCCUCCUCACGCCAACACCUACCGGCCCAUGGGCCCACCUCCUUACUACGCCCCUCGGCCCACUGGGCCCAUCGCGCCCAAUAGGCCCACCCUCCUCUGCCGCCUCCUCAUUGCCGCCAUCGCCGUCUUCGCCAUCAUGUCCCUCGUCUUCUUCAUCGCCUGGCUUGCACUACGCCCCCGCCUCCCCGAGUUCCGGGUCGAAUCGGCCUCCGUCUUCCCGCUCAACGCCACUGGCUCCGAGCUCACCGCCACCUGGGACCUCACCCUCCUUGCCAACAACCCCAACCACAAGCUCAGAAUUUACUACGACAGCAUCCAGGCCUCACUAUUCUACGGCGACGAUUACCGGCUCGCCACGACGUCGUUGCCUCCCUUUGUUUUGACCAAGAGGAACCAGACGCGUGUCGGGUUCAAGCUGGCGACGGUGGGGGAGUACGUCGGCAAUUACGUGGCCAAGGGGAUCUCCGACGAGAGGGAUCGUGGGUCGGUGAGGUUCGGGCUAGGAGUUUUUGCUUCGGUUCGGUUUAGGUCUGGAGUGUUCCAGUCGAGGCCUCGCGUGUUGCGGGUCUUCUGCGAAAGGGUCGAUUUCGGGUUUGCCCAGAAGAAUGGGACGGGGACUUUGACGGGUCAGUCAAGUCCGUGUGUGGUUGACGUGUGACUAAUUUUGGGCUCAGAAGCCAUGUGAGGUUGGAGAUUAGAAAAGGGGCAUUGCUCGUCUUGCCCAAUGCGUUGAUGUUACUUGUUUUUAAUACUUAAGAGAAGCAAUUAUGUGCUUCUGAAGUCUCUUAUCAUACUUGAAUUUUAGUACUGGUUUUAAACUAUUAAUCUAGUGAUGGCAAACACUGUCCU